UCAUACUAAUAGAUUUUAACUUGUGAUAGCACUUAAAAUCUUUAAGGUCAUUUACAAGUCUAGUGCUUCUGAUCAAAUAUGUGGUUUACAAAAGAUGAAUAUGUUACUGCUGAAAUUAGUUAUUAUCAACGUUUGUGUGUGUGUGGCAUUUGCUGUCACCAAAAUCGCACUUGAAGUUGGAAGAUGUGGCGAAGAUACAAAAAUAGUCUGCUCAGGAACGGAUACAUUUACGUGGUUCAUACGUAGGAAUGGAAAUCAAAUAGCAGAGAAAGGUACUUCGCCAGACACUACGAAAUAUUCAGUAAGAGAAUCUUCAACAUCGGUGGUGCUGACAAUCUACAACACGAGUGCCAUUGAUGAAGGAUCCUACUACUGUGAAGUUGCGUAUGAUGGUAGAAGCGAAACAAAGGACCUACGGCUUAAUUGUAGUUUAUCGUUUGUGUUAUCAUCUGAGAUCCUGUUCAACGAAACUGUGACUCUGAAAUGCUCUACAACACUUGAUGGCUACAUAUUGCAAAUCAAUUUUGGCGUGAAUUUAGUCGGCGUCUACGAAAAUGUGUUUAAACAAAUCACAAACCAGGAUCCAACAAAGUAUGAAGUUAUUCCAGAAUUUUCACACAGCACCACAACCCUGACCAUCAAUAUACGCCAGUUUACUUCGAAUGAUGUGGGAACAUACACAUGCAAAAACACAGUUACCUCGGAGACAAAAGACGUUUACCUUAGUAUUGCAGACAGUGGGCUGCAGAUUGAGUUCCAGAGGGUAUUGGAUGCUGGAACUCAAUCAAUUACGCAAAUACACGUUGACAGUUCAAGAACUGACACAUUCCAGGUUAUGUGUAAGGUGAACAAUGUGAAUCAGUUGGAUACAAUAAUAGAUUUAAUAGUCCAAUACAAGCCCAGUGCAAAUUCAGACUAUACCGACCUUGCCGUAAUGCAGAACUUUAAGGGAACAGAUACAGACACAUACCAGAAACCAGUGCUGGCAUCUGGUAGUUUAGGUUGGGAAGCCGUUGGCAGUUUUGACACCAUUAACAGUAAUGGAAGGGAUACAACUCUUGGUGUAUCUCGACCUGUGUCGACUGUAACAUGUAGUAAUGCAGUGGAGUACAGAUGUCAACUGACGUACACAAAACCUGGACCUAGUUAUAGACCAGGUACUGGAGAGAUAUCUAAAGAGCUUGAUGUGCAAGUUUUACCCACUACUAUCUCAAGGCAAGUCUACAACAUAAGUGGAUUGGGCAGCUCACUCCCAAUAACUCCUUUUGACACGAUUGAACCCUUCUACGUGGGACAAGCUGUCAAGAUGGAGUGCUCGGCCAACAUCGGCUCCUACAACGGUACCGCCCAGAUCCGCUGGUUAAAGAGCAACAUUGUACCUGGCAGCCCCCUUGCUCCUUACUUUAGUCCUGAUACAGUACUAGGUGAUCCCCAGUCAACGGGCAACUGCGUGUAUCAACAGACUGACUCUGUGACUUACAAUAUGACGGCCCAGGAUGCUUUAAGAACAGCCGAGAACAGACUUCAUUUUCAAUGCUUCGUGUACAUUCCCGGUAGUAUGACCUGGGAAACACCUGAAGACGAUCGAGGGAAUUUCAAAUUCAUUGUCUAUUCAGUUGACGUCACUAGUGUUGACAACUCUGGAGCAGUAAAUUCAGGCGCAGGUUCAGCGGGUAUUGUAGCAGGUGUCGUUGCUGGAGCACUUGCUGCAAUAGUGAUCAUAGUUCUGCUUGUCUACUUCCUGUGGUAUAGACGCCGAUCCUCUGGUGACGAUUGUAAUGCAAAAAAUGCCGCAAUCCAGUUAAAUGUUAAUCCAGUGUUUGAGACACCGAUAUCACCAUCAAAUGAACACCUGACCAAUCAGGAACAAACAGAAUACACGGAAAUAGGCAUACCUGCUGAUGGCCAAUCUGGUGCAGCGCGAUACAAAGAAGAAAACUCUUCUUAUGAGCAUCUUGGGUCCAGAGAAAGGUCGGCAUAUACAGAGCUAGGGAAUAGUUCUCGGGAGAGUCCGUCACAAUAUGUGAAUCAACAUACAGACUCAAAUGCAACAGGCAGUAGUUAUGAAGUUCCUGACAACCAAGAACCUUCCAAAGAAUCGAGAGAUUAUGAGAAUGAGAAAGACCAAUAUGAGCAUACUCCAGCCAGUACAUAUGACCAUGUAUACACAGCACCGUUGGAACACCAGUAUUCAGCGCUUGAUGCAACGAAAUAAAAGAUAAAUCUUACCCUGACGUAUUAACAACCCUAGGUGAAAAUGUGAGGUUGAACGCACCAUGUAAGCCGUGAAAUAAACAUGAUUACAGUUCACGUGCAACUUAUAAACGACUUUGUCUUUAUGCCAUGAAAUACAGUUUACGUUUAAUAUACUACAAUGACAUGAUUACAUGCUGCGCAGUGUGGGUAAAAGCAACAUGUAUAUCAUACAGACAUGAUUACGUGCUGUACAGUGUGGAUGAUAGCAUCAUGUAUACCUUGUAUUAGACUAUACAGUUAACUUAUUAUCAUACAGACAUGAUUACGUGCUGUACAGUGUGGAUGAUAGCAUCAUGUAUACCUUGUAUUAGACUAUACAAUUAACUUAUUAUCAUACAGACAUGAUUAUGUGCUGUACAGUGUGGAUGACAGCAUCAUGUAUACCUUGUAUUAGACUAUACAAUUAACUUAUUAUCAUACAGACAUGAUUACGUGCUGUACAGUGUGGAUGACAGCAUCAUGUAUACCUUGUAUUAGACUAUACAGUUAACUUAUUAUCAUACAGACAUGAUUACGUGCUGUACAGUGUGGAUGAUAGCAUCAUGUAUACCUUGUAUUAGACUAUACAGUUAACUUAUUAUCAUACAGACAUGAUUACGUGCUGCACAGUGUGGAUGACAGCAUCAUGUAUACCUUGUAUUAGACUAUACAGUUAACUUAUUAUCAUACAGACAUGAUUACGUGCUGCACUGUGUGGAUGACAGCAUCAUGUAUACCUUGUAUUAGACUAUACAGUUAACUUAUUAUCAUACAGACAUGAUUACGUGCUGCACUGUGUGGAUGACAGCAUCAUUUAUACCUUGUAUCAGACUAUACAGUUAACUUAUUAUCAUACAGACAUGAUUACGUGCUGCAAAAGUGUGACUGAAAACAACAUGCAUACGGUGUUAUAGACAAUACAUUUUACUUGUAAUUGUUCGACGAUAAUUUCCUGCUGCUUUGUGGUUGAAUGCACUCAUUCGGAAUACCUAAGCAUUUCCCAUCGUAAACAACAUUCGGAUGUAUGCCUGUACAUCAGAAGAAGUAGUUCGUAAAACAAUUAUAAAUGAUUAUUCUUAAUUAUAGUGUUUUAACGUAUAUUUGUAUUACUUAGUUUAAAUAUAAUGCCAGGAAAGUGUAUAAUUGCAUAAAUAAUUCUCAAGAGAAAUGUCAUUAACGACUUUUAACUGCGAUCUACUUGCAGCGUAGUUAAACUGUAAAUAUUUCUGAUAUAUAUCCGAGAUUGUUCGCCGCCCCCCCCCCCCCCCCCCCCCGCCCAACACAUUAUAGUUUACUUUCGAUUUAUAUACGAGCAUGACUACAUAAUGCAACGUGUAGAAAUAAGCAUAAACAAUAUUUGAAAUUAUCAACGUCUACAUUAACAUGUUGCAAAGUGUAGUUUAAAGCAAUAUGUAUGCCGUCAAAUAAACAUUAAAGUUUG